ACUGCAGGAGUAGCAUCAGAGCUGUAUGUUUAAGCUAGCUAGUUAUGUACAAUUAAACUGAUGAUCAAACCAGUAGUUAUUGUUUCUGUUUUGGACUGACACAUUUGAGCCAGUGCCGCGGUAUUAAAAUCGCCACGUCGAUUUGGAGAAAGAAGAUGUGCCUAAAUAAUUCUUAGAAUCGGAGGUUUAUUGUAGUCUUUUAUCUAGCUAGCUAAAAUGGCAGCCCCCAUGAACACCGCGGUGUCUGCGCCUAUGUUGAGCCAAAAACAACGCAAGGCGCUCUUGAAGAAAGAAAGAAGAAGUCGAAAACGCCAGGCGCUGGCUGAAGCUAGGCUCUCUGGCCAAGGCGAUGGACACCAUGCACCAGAGGAGGAGGAGGAGGAGGACAAUGACAGAGACACCGAUACUGAAAGGCAGCAUCAGGAGUGGCUGAAGAGAGAGCUGCUCGCCCAGCAGGAGUUCAGACUGCAGAUGGAGAGAGAGGACACAGCCAGGAAGAAACAAGAGGAAGAGGAGAGGAGAAUCAAGGAGGAAUGGGAGGCGGAGCAGAGGAAGGAGCAGGAGGAGAAGGAGCACAAACAGCAGCAGAAACAAGACAGAGAGGAGGCCGUUCGGAAGAUGCUGGACCAGGCUGAGAGUCAGCUGGCAGCGGAGAACGGAGCUCCCUGGAUGAACGCCGAGCCGCCAGACUUUGGGACGGAGAAGGAUAGAGACAACUGCCCCUUCUUCAUCAAGACCGGAGCCUGCCGCUUUGGGGACAGAUGUUCCCGUAAGCACGUGCACCCAGAGUCCAGCCCAACCCUAUUGGUGCGGGGGAUGUUUGUGACAUUCGGAUUGGACCAGAGCCGACGGGACGACUACGACACGGACGCCUGUCUGGAGUACAGCGAGGAGGAAGUGCAGCAGCAGUUCCUGGAUUUCUACCAGGAUGUACUUCCUGAGUUCAGGACGGCGGGAAAGGUGCUGCAGUUCAAGGUGAGCUGCAACUACGAGCCACAUCUGAGAGGAAACGUUUACGUGCAGUUCGAUACUGAGGAGCAGUGCAGGGAAGCCUUCAUGAUGUUCAAUGGGAGAUGGUAUGCAGGCAAACAACUUCAGUGCGAGUUGUGUCCUGUCACUCGGUGGAAGACAGCCAUAUGUGGCCUCUUCGACAGACAGAAGUGUCCUAAAGGGAAACAUUGUAACUUUCUGCACGUGUUCCGGAACCCCGGCAACGAGUUCUGGGAGGCGGACCGCGACCUUCACAUGUCUCCCGACCGGGACGGGGGCUUCAGCGGCCGCUGGUCCGAGAGGCGAGGCCGCGACUGGGACCACUCCUGGAGGAGCAGCGCGCCCCGGUCCGAGAGGUCUCACAGGGGGAGGGAGAGGAGGAGCAGGAGCAGAGAGAGGGGGGGGGAGAGGGAUAGGAGGGGGAGCGAGAGAGGAAGUGAGAGGAGGAGGAGCAGAGAGAGGGGGAGGGAGGGGAGGAGCAGGAGCAGGGAGAGGAGCAGAGAGAGGGGGAGUGAGAGGAGGAGUGAGAGGAGGAGCCGGAGCAGAGAGAGAAGAGAGAGGGCGCGAGAGAGGAGGAGCAGGGAGAAGAGGAGCCGAAGCAGAGGAAAGAGGAGCAGGAGCAGAGAGAGCAGUAGCCUAGGCCUCGAGAAGAGAAGCAGGAGGGAGGGAUCAAGGAGCCCCGUGAAACCGAUCGUGGGAGACGCGACGCCCGAUGACGUCAUCACCCCGCGCCACCACAAACACUCCAAGAAGAGCAAGAAGAGUAAAAAGAAGAAACACAAGAAGAAGAACAAGAGGAGUCUGUUGCCUGGAGACUCGUCCGGAGAUUCGGGGAAGGAGUCCGGGGAUGACGAAGAUGCACCGGAGGUGGUUCUGAUUCCAGCAGACCUGGGUUCUAAACCCACUAAUCACAGGGAAACCGAGGAGACUGAAGCUGCAGGAGAAGAGGCUGUCUCUCCAGACCCACAAGACCCGCCUCUGGAGACACACAGUGAUCUUAGCCCCACCCCUAGAGACCCAGAGCCAAUCAGCUACCCCCUUGAAGACCCACAGCCAGCCAACCCCCCCCUCAAAACUGCUAGCCCCGCCCCUGUAGAGACAGAGACCACGCCUUUCUCUGCAUGUGCUGAAGAUACAUCCGUACCUCCCCUCAGUGGAGUAGAGCUCAUCUAAUCACUGAUUGGACUGACAGCAUCCGUAGACAGGAAGUAUGGCACUAUUGGACAAGGAUUGUUACAUCCAUAAUUGCUGGGUUGUCAUGUGAUGAUUGUGUACAUGUGUAAAUAAAAGGGUUUUUUUUUAA